GUUGAAAUAUUCUGGAGGAUGAAGAAUUUGGCGAUUUGAUGUUGUGUUGACCUCUAGGACGUCGUGGGAUGAACGGCGAUAUAUCCCGCAUUCCCAUCCAGACACUGGGCGCCGUUGUCAGCUUAACCGAUAUUCUUCCGGAAUUGCCUCUCCCUGCACCAUUGCAAAGUGGCCCUAGUUCCAAAACGCUGUUAUGGGACCCUCAGUUAACCGAUAGCACGAGAAAAUAUCUAAAUUCCCAGAAUUCGGGCUUGACUACCGCACUCAGUGAUGCGUUGGAAAACACAACAACUGAUAAUAUCGACUUUAAGGACGGUUUGUCCAGCGACAGCAUCGAUCUCAGUGGGUUACCUGGCCUACUGACAAGCGUUUUGAUGCACAAUUAUGCGGUUCUGCAAAAUAAGAGGGGGUUUCUCGGUUUAUCUUCAUUCAAUCUGAAGUCCUCGCCUGAUCACGUGGAACCGUUGAAGAUAAAUACUACCGCAUGGACAAACCAAACGUGUGUAGAACCCCGAGACUCACUCAGUGGGUACGAUGAACGGUCGUUUUCGCCCAACAAGAAGAAGAAGAAGCGGAAGAAAAAGAAACAUAAGCAUCGAGAUUCCGAGGUUAGUGGUGGCAAUGGCGACACGAGUGAAACUGGGGGAGAAUCCGGGGCUACCACACCAGCAACGUACGAUGGGACGACCCCGUCUCGGAAAUGUGAUGAAUUUGGGUUAUCACCAACACCAACCUAUGGCGUGGUUGCGGACACAAACAAAUUGUCUCUCAAGAUCUUCAAACGUCCGAUUACUGAGACAGCUUCCAACACUCAUGAAGCACCUCCGCCGUUUGAGGUUGCAAAAAAGGAGAAAAAGAAAAAACGAAGCAAAGAGAGAGAUCGGGAACACAAAAUCCGACAUGAGCGACGGUCUCAUACAAGUACUAUCCAUCCGGAAACGACACCCACCCUUGAUCCAACUAACGGUUCUUUUGCGGUUACUGUUUCUGAUAUCACUACUGUGUGUCCCACUUCAGUCACUACCUCCUGCCUAUCUAACGAGACGGACUCGCGUGUUGAAAUGCCUCCCACUGUUAAUCAGCUUUCUUGCAACUUUGAGCCUGCUACUCAGACUGCACACACUUCUGCGGAUAUCUCUCUUAUUGGCAACGAUAGCCUGUUUGAACAGCUAAGCUCUGGACACUUGUCCUACAAACAGCCACAGUCUCAAUCUACAUCUAGCCUAUCGAGCACUCCGGCCUCAACAGCAGGUGCCAGUCGUUCUCACACAUGCAAUACAACUUUCCCUGUAUCCACAUCCAUGUCUGAUAAUUUCUGUCCAACAUUACCAAACCAUGUCUUCCCUCCACAAACCACACUGUUUGAUGGCAUCUUGAACGAUAUGGAUCCGUCAUUGUCCUUUGCUGAUCCCAGUGGUAUUGUGUCAGAUGAUCUUAUGAGUGUAACCCGGAAUGGUCCGGUCUCCACUUCCAUCUCUAAUACGUUGAGUGGUGCCGUAUGCAACAUCAUGGAUUACGCCUCACACAUUCUUCAGAAUGAGAUGCUUUCAACUUCCUUGUGCGAUAGUUUUCCGGCUGUCUCUGACGAUCAGUCAGUUUCCAGGUCCUCUACUGGUCCUUUACAAUCCCCUCCCCAUUCUUUUAACACAUCAUUUAUGAUUGCCUCGCAACUGGCAGAUUCACUUCCCCGCAGUAUUCAUCAGGCUGUGAACGAAUCUGACUUUAAUCUGCCAGGAGGUAUCCUCAAUUCCACCAAUUUCGUUUCUAAUCCACCCAUUAGCCCAUCCGCUGCCUUUGUCAAUAGUUUUGAUAUUGCCGGCCUUACCUCAGAACCAAUGGGUACUCAUCACGUCCCAAUGGGGCUAGCCAGCUACUUAGCUGGUCCUGGUCAAUCAACAGUGCAAGUUCCACAGCCGCAAGCUCGGCGAUCAAAUAUCCGGACGGAAUCUGGUGAUCGGUCAGCCAGCACGACCAACCCACAAGCCCUCUGGAAACGAAAAGCAACAGCACCUCUGAGAAGACGAAGACGACGGAAAAACGAGGUAGAGGACUUACAGCAAUGGACAGUGAAUUAUCCUACCGGUACUGUUGCAUCCGGGAAGUCAGCUGAGAAAGCCAUUGAAGAGCGGACGUGGGAUGACGCUAUCGGAAGCCAUAGUCAAGCCUUGGGUGAACGAGUGAAGCGUCGCAAACGGUUGGCCCGUGAAACCGGCAACUUCGAUCCAGAUUUUGUGUUUCAGCACGACAAGGAGUACCACAAUGGUGGUGAAAGUGAUGCCGCUCCGGAUAUUGAACCAGGUACGGUAGAUCUGACGAACGAUUUGGACAGCGGUCAGUGUAUUCCCUCCCGUGGAUUACGUGGUGCUGCCCAGCGGUCCUAUGCUGGCAUGGAUGAUGAUGAUGAAGGACCUGGUGGUGAUUCAGCUAGUGGUACGGAAGGCUCCCGACGAAGGCGGAAAGUCGAUGACGACGAACCUUUUGAGGUUCGUUUAAAAGAGCCUGUCGAGAUGAGGUUUCCACAUCUAAUGCGGAAGUCAUCCGAGCCGGUUCGGAGACGUCGUGAACGUGUUGGGUUCGGCACAAUGCCAGUUGGUGAAACUCCUACCAAGCGUCAUCAUAUUACGCCCAUGACUGUCUUCAGUGCCGAAGCUGGAAGCCUGAAACGGUUCCUGCAACGGCUUCAAGCGGUGUUAGAUUCUGUCGAAGACUGUGACUUGCUCUCAACAGUGAACACAGUAGGUACCUCUGGUGAGGGCAACGGGUCCGGAAAGUUGACGGUUGCCGAGCGAGCGUCCAGAGCGGGGUUCACCGAUGAUUCUGAGGCAUUUGUAGCCCCCGAGGAGUUAGCGGAACUAUGUCGCGACGCAGCCAAACUGAAUGCCACACGGGUUGCUAACCAAAUUCCUACUGAUCAGCUGUUGAAGUUUAUGACUUUGUUGCUGUUCAACGUACGUGAUGGUGCAAGCGUAAUAGCAACUCUGAGACCGGACGAAAAGGCCGAUGAGCACGAAAACAAGCUCUGGCGCGAACUGGCCAUGGAGCGUGUCAUGCGAAGUGUAAACGCCGGUCUGACGGCUCUUCUUCUGAUGACUGCCAAUGAUAUGCCCCGCGAAGUUUAUGUUGAGGAUGUGAUAGAACGUACUAUACAGACAGUACGCUUCCAGCUGAUCAAUUGCAUCUACCCCGAAUUCGACGCUGCCUAUAGGGUGGAGAAUUCAGCCAAAGAAAACCAAAGCAGCAUAAAGUCCCGGCGUGCUCGAGAACGGGACGUCCACAAGCCACGGGCUAUCAUCCAACUUUAUCACAAGCUAGUCGAACUUGUACUGAAUUUGGCAAAACUGGUCAAAAUGCAGCGUCUGACUGACGGAUUGAUCCUUGCGCUCUCUAGUAUUGGUGUGUCUGCAUUCUUCGUUGAGAAUGUCAGCGAAUUGCAACUGGCAGCUUUGGAACUGGUUACGGCAAUUUUUUCACAAUACGAACCACAUCGCAAGCUGAUUAUCGAGGAGAUUCUGGCCAGUUUGGCACGAUUACCGUCGAGCAAGCGGAACCUAAGAAACUACAGGUUAAAUACGGAAGAUAGCAUCCAGAUGCUGACGGCUCUAGCACUAUUGUUAGUUCAGUCUGUAAUCGUCCUACCCACGCCACUUGAUGCUAAAUUGGCGACUUCCGAAGAGACAACUAAUUCAGCCUCCAGAGAGGCAGUUGAUCCGUCUACGUCUGGUCUCAGUGAGGAGCAGAAAAUGGAUGAUGAGGUCCUGGUAAUCAACUCCUAUCGCAACGCAUUGCGGACCGCCCAUACCUUCCUUUUGGUCUUCCUUCGCAAAUCAACUGUCAAGGGUGAAGAUGACUACCGAAUGAUCUUUGAAAAUUUCGUCAAUGACCUACUCUUAGCAGUUAACAAACCUGAAUGGCCAGCUGCGGAGGUUAUGCUCAGUCUCCUUGGAAGCCUUCUCGUCCAGCAAUUCAAUAACAAAUCUCUGGAUCAGAGCGUCAGAGUUGCCAGUGUUGACUACCUGGGCACGGUCGCAUCAACUCUGCGACGAGACGCGGUAACUAGCCAGCUCAAAGAGAACGACAUUGAUUCGGUUAUCCGGGAUCUUUUGGAAGAAAACCAUUCUGAUGAUGAUGAUCAAGAUAACGACGGCAAAGAUGCGCACAACGACAGGGAAGAAAAAGUCAAGGUUGAGGAUAGGAAUGGUGAUAUAAAUGGUGAGUCAGAAAGCCACCCGGAUCAUUUUCAGCAACCUGACAUCACACCUGAGGAUGAGGCUACUCUCCGCCAGGGGCAAACGAAACGGAAAAACAAAACAGAGAAUUCUGUUUCCGCGGAGAAUGACGAAUCUUAUCCCUCUGAGCAAAUUGAAAAUGCUUCCGAAUCACGUGGAAAUUCGAAGGAUUCGAAAAAGAACAAAAAGAAGAAUACCAAACGGAGUCAAGUAAUUGAUCCAAUCGCACAACUUGAUCGGGUGCAAGCUCUACGCGAUGCGGUUCUUGAUUAUUUGGCAGCCGAAGAUGCUAGCCCCACCGCCGUGUAUGCCAGAAGAUUCUACCUGGCCCAGUGGCUACACGACUGUACGAAGGAGACUGAACGCGCUCAACAAACCGCUGUGGCACGCAAAGGCGAAAACCAAGAAAAUGGUUUGUCAGAAUCAACAGGCAUCAGUACAAAACUAUCCACUGAAGAUUACGAACUUGUGCUGUCGAUUUCCGAACGACGGCGUCAGCAUAUACUUUACAAAAUCAGGGAGCCACCCGAUACCUGGCGUCAACGACGGCGGUUCUGGAGCACUUUUCUUCCUCCGCGUCCCGGACGUCAUGGGACCAAGCACACCGAAGCUCAACCGAACUCACUUGUAUUCCACGGAACACUUGAUUACGAGGAUGGUUGUCUUGUGUGCAGAUACCUUGCUAGUCUUCGACCUUUCUCCCAGAGCUUUGACGUCUACUUGUCACAAAUAUGCAAGCUUGUGAGCGAAUCAUCCGUUCCGGUCCGAACCAAGGCGUUACGGUGUCUGUCCGCCGUUGUCGAGGCCGACCCUGACGUACUUGCACGUGUGGAUAUCGAGCGAGCUGUCCACUCUCGACUGUUGGACACAUCUACCUCAGUGCGAGAGGCGGCCGUCGAUCUCCUAGGACGAUUUCUAGGACGUAAACCGGAACUCACGGCGCAGUAUUACCCGAUGCUUGCUGAACGUAUACUUGACAAGGGCGUUAGCGUUAGAAAGCGAGUUAUCCGGAUAUUGCGUGAUAUUUGCCUGGAACAACCGGAUUUUCCACGAGUUGCGGAAAUCUGUGUGAAGAUGAUAAGGCGUGUUAACGACGAAGAAGGAAUUAAGAAACUGGUGAACGAAGUCUUUCAAACCAUGUGGUUCAGUCCUGUUCGAGACAAGGAAACCGUCAAACUACUUCGUAAGGUGAUGAACAUCACGGACGUGGUUGCUGCCUGUAAGGAUACUGGCUUCGAGUGGUUCGAACAGUUUCUACGCAGCUUACUCAAAAAAGAAGAGGAUGAGAAGGUAAAGCCCGUUGAAAAGGCCUGCAAACAAAUCGUUGAUUGCUUGGUUCAGUACAUAAUGAGACUUGAGGAAAUUUCUGGUCAGAGCAACCAACGUCUCGUUGCUUGCUUGGCGACCCUGCAUUUGCUCACCAAGGUUCGCCCAGAGUUGAUGGUGGAAUACGCUAUGCUUCUUCAAACUUACCUUCGCUGUAACGAGACGUCCGACCCACAUGUCUUGCACUACGUUGCAAGAAUCCUCGAGGUUACAGUACCUUUGAUGGAACAUCCAAGUGAAACCUUCAUCGCUCAACUGGAAGAAGAUAUGGUCCGCUUAACUUUACGACAUGGGAAGAUGGUGCUUGAGUCCUGUGUGGCAUGUCUCGGUUCCGUAGUCAAUCGAGUAUCAAAAAACUACACUCUUGCCCGAGAUUGUUUUACGCGCCUCUUCAAUGCCUUACAGCGGUCGCGUGCUGAUCUUGCCGAUGAUCCAGAUCGGAAAAUAUCACCCACAAUUCGGCCUUCAAUUUUGCGUGCAUUGUUCACGGUCGGAUUGCUGUGCAAGCAUUUUGAUGCCAAUAUGUUUCAGUCGAGUACCAAUACUAAUGUCCGUGAUCAGGUGUUCGACCUUCUAAUGUUCUUCACGGAGCAAGUAAAGUCAGACAUUGAGUUGCGAAAAAAGGCUCUAGCUGGUCUCGGGUUCCUGUCUACUAGACACCACGAAUUGUUGUGUGGGACAAAGUUACGUGAUUUCUAUCACCGUUUGCUACAGACCAGUGAUAUGCCCCGAAUCGCAUCUGAUGACUCGACUAAAACACCACCAGAUCACCAGUUGGAGUUCAAGUGCAUCGUACUGGAGAACUUGUUAAAUUUUUUCCUCGAGGAGGAGAAGCGCAUGUUAGAUGCUGAUUCCAAAUGGAAAGCGAGACAUCAGCAUGAAUCUUUGAAAGAAAUGGGUGAUGUUGCUUCAGGAAUGGGCAGCUUUGUUGCUCAGACCUAUUUGAGAGAUACUCUGGAAACUUUCUUUUCUCCGGUUCCUGCUGUCCGUCUCACCGCGUUGUCUGUUGUGAGCACCAUCCUGCGACAGGGUUUGAUCCAUCCUGUGCAGACAGUUCCAUAUCUAAUCGCAGUGCAAACUGACUUGGACCAAAAUGUGCGAGUCAAGGCGGACGCCCAGUUGCAGGAGAUCGAUCACAAGUUUCCCGGCUUUCUUAGUAUGCGGGCAAUUCAGGGAGUUAGCUUCUCCUAUCGACUGCAGUUUGUGCUUUAUCCGGAACUAUUACACCUCAUUGCGCAGAAGGCGAAACUGGUACCUGCAUCCUGUUCAUCUCAGGUAUUGUCACCUGAUAACCAAAACACGUCUGGAAGCACAACGAAACAUGGUUCACACCAAUCAGCUCGGCGCAGUGCGCGCCACAAGGGUUCCACAGUGCCCAGCAACAUUGAUGGAGAUAAUUGUGACGUGAACUCCUCCGGAUGUCUCGAGGAGACCGCCAAGAGUUCUAAGGUUUUCAGUGAUUUGAGUGAACAGCUGCCUGGAGUUGCCGACUAUGCUGAAGGUUCGUUUGAAUGCAUCCGAGGGACUCGUGAUCCGCUAAGUGACAUACCCACUGCACUGAAUUCAAAUCUGUAUUCGAUGCUGCGAGGGAAUCGAGGACAACGACGGUCUCUUUUGAGUGGUCUGAUUUCAUUGUUUGAUGAUUCACAGGCCAACUCAAAACGCGUUCAUCUCAGUCAGCUUAUAUACGUAGCUGACAAUCUGGCCCACUUCUCUUAUCAAUGUCAAGAGGAGCCGUUGUUCGUGAUUCAUCACAUUGAUCUAAUGGUUAGCAUGUCAGGUUCCGGCGUUCUGCAAAGUGUACGAGAGACCCUGUUUCCGGAACUAAAGGCAGCAUUAGAAGCAGCAUUGGCAGCCCAAGCGGAGGCUGAGAUGCGAAAUCGCGCCCAAGCCGAGUUGCAUUUGCGCACGGAGGUACAAGCCCUUCAAGCAGCCUCCGCGGAGGCUCUGAACAGAUCAGAUCACCUUGCCGCUGAGCAGCACGCUGAACAACUGCAGGCCGCGGUAAAUAAGUUGAACAGCCUCAUCGCCAGUAAUCCACCCUAUUGUUGCGGUGGGAGCAGCAUGAGUGAACUCCGUUCAGCUGCACUGGUUGGUCGUGAAUCCGUCCCGCACAUGGAUCUUGGUCCACUGGAAGAGGAAGAGGAAGACGCACAAGCCUUACUGAGUCGACUGGAGUCCUCAAGGGAGACAGCUCUCCCAAUUAUGCGCGACGCCAUCCGAACAAGUCGUGCAUGUGUUUUACUACUAACCUUGAAGCAAUAUCUGAAAGAAGUUUACAGCAUCACUGACGCAAAGAUCCAACGGUACUCUCCAACUGAUUCUGCCAAACUCUGGGAGCGUCCACUUACUCGUCGUGCUGGCGUGCGUUUCCAACCGGGCCCUUGUCUGCAGGCUGCUGGAGUUGAACUGCGCAAACUUAUGCAGGUGACAUCGAUGCAGUACGCCGAACAGCAAAGCGACUGUGACGCUAAAGCCAUCCCACCAGAUUGGCCCCCAGUCCUGGACGCAGCAGAAGAUUCACGGGGUGAGGAAGCGUACGAAGGCGAAAUGCGCUCUCUAGUGCAUGAUUACUUGGACUUCAGAAAACUGAUCCUAACCAUCGACCCACCUGGCGAUGAUGACCUUGUUGUCGGUGAUGAUUUGAACACAUCCGCACUGUCGCAAAAUGCUGCUGAACAACCACCCACCCAAGUCCUUCCGGCCCGCUUGCGGCCCGUCCGGACGGUAGUCCCUCAGUCUCAUGACAAGUCAUCUGAAGAAGAGAAUGAUUCGGAAGAUUCCAAUGCUGGUGGUGCCUCUCGCCUGAUGCUUGCUCAAUCCGCACCCAACAAACGGCGAAAGCCUGGAUCUAGUUUGCGUCCUGGCGCACCCCCAACUCGUAACAGUUCAAUUCGUCCGUCUAAAAAGAGACGCAAACGGAAACGGCGAUAUGUGGCUCACGGUAGUUCUAGCGGCGAGGAUAGUGACUCCCUUGGGGAUUCGGAAGCCUCAGAUCCCGACUACUAGCACCCAAGAACUCUGUACUCCAGUGGCAUUGCUGAUGAGGUCGUCUUCGCGUCCCAUCUGUGAAUUGGCGCGCCACUCUUGUUUAAACAGCCCAUGCGAAUGAUUUUUGAAGUGCUUAUUCACCUUAGCUGAACAUCUGCAUCGCGGAUUUGUGAUUUACAUUUCUCGCGAGGGAUACCAGUGCCCUCUUCACUCUUAUCCGAUGUAUGCAGCUCAGAUCAUUGGCAGCAGCACGGAUGCGCGAGGUUUCAUCCUGUAUCCGAAAGCAUUUUGCUCUAUAUAUACACACACGCACACACACAAACUAACAUACAAAAUAUCCAUCGUUUUCUCCUCAACCUUGUACAUCAGUUGGCUCUGGUCAACACUACGGAUGGGGUCAACAGUAGGGCGCUCGAGUGUCCCGUCGGGACUGCGUUCUGAUCGUACUUUAGGUUUCCAUGUUUGACAGUCACAUUCCCCAACGGUUUUUUGGAAACAAUCCAGCAAAUAUUCUCGUUGUUUUUGAUUACUUUCUUAUUAUCUUUGACCCCGUAUUAGUACAUACUUCGUCCAUGAUCAUUUCUUCGCAGUGUAUAGUAUUUUUGAGUACCUCUACCCACAGACAACACCCCUCGUCAACUAUUUCGAUGACAGUCACCCAUCAUGAGUCUGACUUGCUGUAAAUAUGCACCGGAUAUUUCUGCUCAUUUCUUGCAACCCACCCGACUCCUAUGCAUCGUGGUCCUCUAACCGCGCCUCCACUCUGAUCUGUUAUUUUUGUCCAUGUGUAACGGCACUGUCAAUGUUGCUACUAUUUUGUGCACUAUACGGCGGACUUGGUGCCAUGUAAAGCCUUGCGGUCUUCUAUGCCUCUCUUCUGUAUAGUUGUACAUAAUCUUUCAGUGGUGUCCUUGAAAGCCAGUCAACAGCGUGUACUUCAACAAAUUCUGAUUUGUCGUGCACUCACAAGGUCAAUGUUUUAUCUACUUCUCUUUAUUCGUUGGAUCGGAAGUUUCCUUAUCGCGCUAUUCUCUGUACUGCGUUCGUCAUGUAUUUAUAUUAUCAGGAAUUCAUUGAUCGAG